AUGCUCUCCUUUUCCUGUUUAACAAGGACUCUCCUUUCCUGUUCAGCAAAUGCUCUCCUUUUCUAUUUAGCAAAUGCUCUCCUUUUUGGGGUUCAUCAAAUGCUCUCCAUUUCCUGCUCAAUAAAUUAUCUCGUUUUUCUAUUCAUCAAAUGCUUUCUCUUUCCUCUUCAACAAAUAUUUUCCUUUUCCUUUUCACGAAAUGCUCUCCUUUUCUAUUUUACAAAUGCUCUCCUUUUAGUGUUCAUGAAAUGCUCUCCUUUUCCUGUUAUUUUCUUUCUUGCGUUCUUUCUUUCUUUCAUCCUUUUUUCUUUCUUUCUUUCUUUUUUUCUUCUUACUUUCUUUUCUUUCUUUCUUACAUUCUUUCUUUCUUUUUUCUUUCUUUCGUUCUUUCUUAGAUUCUUUCUUUCAUUGUUUGUUUGUUUCUUUCUUUCUAUUUUAAAUAUUUCGCCUUGUGCCAUGCUUGCUGCUUUGAUUGGUUAUCUCUUUCUUUUUCGUCUACAUCUUUCCCUUUCUUUCUUUCUUUCUUUCUUUCUUUCUUUCUUUCUUUACAUCAAUUUCCUUUCUAUUUCUCUUUCUUUUUACUCCUACUCCCUUCUGUUGAUUUACUUUCUUCUUCGUUCGUUCGUUCGUUCGUUCGUUCAAUUAAUUUUGUAUUUAUCUACCCUUUCUAAAAUCUAUUUAUCUAUCUAUCUAUCUAGCUAUCUAUCUAUCUAUUUUUCAAUAUAA